AUGGCACCACACGGAGGACAUAUCCGUGCUUCACACAGCCCAACACACAACACCAGGAUCGAGCAGACGGAUAAGGCGCGUCAAGGGACAGCCUACAGUCCGUGCUUCUUCUUCUUCUUCCUCUUCUCCUCAUCCUCGCCCACUCCGUCAGCCUUGAACCGGAUCCUGGACCUGGCAACACUCGAGAGCGGGCACAGUUACUGGCUAGUGGAAACCCCUCACGACCCAGCUCCCAGCUCACAGCUGUGUCUACCACCAGCACCAGCUCCAGCUCGAACCCCAGCCCCGGCCGGCGGGGUAGCAAGAACGCUGCGCUGGGACUCGAUUGGAUUGGAUGAAUUCCUCGCUGGUUUAACCUCGCGUCACCACCUGACAACCCUCGACCCAGAUAUCGUCCACCAAAGUGAAGGGCACAGCACACCAGAAGGCGCAGGCGUAAGGCGCAGACACGAUAGCAUCAACUCUGAUGCCCUCGCUAUCUAUGUAAUGCGGUUGCCCAUGGCCUUGAUUAACGCUCGGGCGCUCAUCUCUCCCUAG